AUGGCGGCUGAGAGCGUACGACUGGUGCUGCAGACCUGUGACCCUCAACUCUUGGACUUGGGAGACUCGGAUGUCACAGACUUCUCUGCUCCAGUAGAGGCCUCCAACAUGUUGCUGUUCCUCACGGACAGCCGUCGUAUGCAGAAGGUCCUGUGGAAGCAGCUCUUUGUCCUGGACUCUGUCAUGUCUCUGAUAGAGGACCUGAAGUCUGGAAGCCAACUGCUGCAGGUGCCCUGUCCCAAACCUGCAGACGGGGCCCAUGGCCGAUGGAAGGACCUGAAGCUUCAGUACAGAACUUCUUUAGAAGAGACAGAAGAACUGCUCAGAACUCAACUGCAGAAAGUGGAGGAGAUCAAAGAGAAACGAGAGAAGAUCAACCAACUCCUGCUGAGGAUCCAGCAACAGAGCGCGCAGCGGGAGACGCUACAGUCGUCUCUCCUCUUCUCCCAUGAGGCUUUACGGCACAGUGAGGCUCAGCUCCAGGAGGUCAUGGCCAAGGCCGAGGUCACAGCCAGUCACAUGGUCGACUGGGAGCGAAUCAGAGAUGAUCUUCAGGUGGAGGUGUCUCUGGUGCAGGACUUGAUGGAGAUGACGCUCUUGUCUCUGAGUCCAUCUGAGCUCCUGCUGGAGAUUAGACCAGGAUCAGGCCGUGGUCAUGACCUCGAGCCCCUGAAAGUUUCUGUGAAGUGGGAUCCAGACGAUACCUUCAGUCUGCAGGUGUCUGAGGAGGUCUCGGGGCUCAUGCACGUCUCAUCCUCCUCUGACCUCAGAUUAGUCCUGCAGGAGGUACUUCAGCAGUACAGCAGGGAGGCCCAGCUCCUGACGGAGAUCCAGGUUCUCCGGUCCAGUUUUGCGAUCGAUUGGAGGCCGUCACAGCGCCGUCUGGUGUUCCUGAAGAGUGCUACAGUGGUGUGCGAGCUUGAGGUUGAGGAGGAAUACCCGAGUCGAGGAGGAGUGAGGCUGCUGUCCGUGCAGAGGGACGGUACGACCCAGGACACAGGGACAUUACAGAAUCAAGAAGAGAAACUGUCUCUCACACAAUGGCUCUUGCUGCUUAGCUCCUCCUCCCAGGUCUGA